CCUUUAGUUCACAAUGUCUGGACGUGGCAAACAGGGCGGGAAGGCUCGCGCCAAGGCCAAGACCCGCUCCUCCCGGGCCGGCCUACAGUUCCCCGUGGGCCGCGUGCACCGUCUCCUCCGCAAGGGCAACUACGCGGAGCGGGUGGGCGCCGGCGCCCCGGUGUACCUGGCGGCCGUGCUGGAGUACCUGACGGCCGAGAUCCUGGAACUGGCUGGCAACGCGGCCCGCGACAACAAGAAGACGCGCAUCAUCCCGCGCCACCUGCAGCUGGCCAUCCGCAACGACGAGGAGCUCAACAAGCUGCUGGGCCGCGUGACCAUCGCGCAGGGCGGCGUCCUGCCCAACAUCCAGGCGGUGCUACUGCCCAAGAAGACCGAGAGCAGCCACCACAAGGCCAAGUAAACGGUAUCAUUUUCGGAAAGCUCUUAGAAACAAAGGCUCUUUUCAGAGCCCCAUUCUGUAUUCAAAAGAAGAGUGACACUUGGAUCUGUGCUUAUUCCAUUAAGUCUUACUUUAAUUUUGUUCUGUUGAGUUACUAAAGUUAUCUGGAACCCAACGGAGAACUUGGCUCUACCUCAGUUUUGUUCAAGUUCAGAUUAUAGGCCUACAUGACAAAUGCCUUGUUAAAAUUAGUUAUUUUGGGUCAUAAACUAUUCCAAAUGGAACACUGAUUAGGUUUCCGUGUGGUUCCAGUGUAGAGUUCCUGGAAGGUGGAACUCUGUAGAAGGUGGCCGCAGCACUUUGUGUUUUAUUGCUUUGUGCCUGGAGCAUCACAUCUAAGGAACAAGUUUUCUGCAGUCUCCAGUUUUGUAUGAAUAAAGUUCAGUUAGUGACCUAGUCCAGAGCCAGGAAGUCUUCGUUGCACUUAAUAGUUGAGUUCAAUCCCAUGAGCCCACAUGGAAGGAGAGAGAAUCAAGCCCCAUAAGUUUGCCUUCUGGCUUUCACAUGUGCACGCCCCACCCAGUUGUAACUAAGAAUAGAUACAUAUUUUUAAAGAAACUAAGCAGUAUUAGCUUAGCUGUUUUUGACUUAAUCUUUGAUACCUCUGUCUCUGUUUAUGACUCAGCUUGGAAAUAAAAUGGAGAUGGAGUUACAGGUAGGGAGAGGUUGACCAUCUAUUAACAUGUCCAUUGAGAACACAACUUAAAUUUUCUAUAGUGAUCAGUAUUCAUAUACAUGAUUCUGCUACUGUAACACCGAAAUUAAAUUUCACAAGCCAGGUACAGGUAUGGGUGGUCCGUACCUGUAAAUAACAUUGUUGCUGUUUGAGGCAUUGGGACAGCUGAGUUGGAAGAAGCCAAGUACCGAGGAAGUAGGAUUGCUAUAUGUGGUGGGUCUAUAAAUUAAUAAAAGUUUAGAAAAUAAAAUGUUUCUAGCUUUAUUUUCCUGUUAUGAAUAUUUGCAGUUAACCACUGUACUUUGCUGUCUUAGAAUAUUGGCUCAUCUCAUAAACUGUUAGGAACAUUGCUUUGCCGGGGUGUCCCACAUCUCUAAACCCAGUGUUCAGGAGGCA